AAAGAGGAGACGGCGGCUUCAACUAUGGAGGAGGCGGAGGUGGUUUUAAUAUUGGAAGAGACGGCAACUUAAGCAAAUAAAGAGAACUCUUAAACAAUGAAGGGGACAGUGUCUAUGGGUUUGGCAGAGGCUAUUGAAAAUACUGUAAUGUGUUUAUAUAAAUCUCCGUUUCCCGCUUAUUGAGAGAUGUGAUAAAAUAAUCAUGCGUAAAUACACACGCACAGGUCGAAACAAUUGCGCCUGAUUGAUAGGCAAUUAGUGGAAGUGGAACGCCACGGAAGCUGCGGCAUCUGAAGAGGCAACAACUGUUUGCACAUUAGCAAUCAACGUCCCAGUGGCAGGCAACCAAAGUGUCAUUAACCUAAUUGGCGCAAAAAAGUGCAGAGGACGACGAACGACCCCAGCCAUAAAUAAAACGAGAAUGAAAGGAAAGAAGUGCAACGUGUUGCAAUAAAAACAAUUUACAUAAACCAGGUGCUUCUACAUAUAUGUGUAGCUCAAUCCUGCGUGGGUGUACAAUAACAUGAAAAUGUCAGUUGCAACCUGAACCUAACAGGACACGACACUCAGGUCGACUACGGGCAAUCAAAAAGUUAUACGUGAAAUAAUCCACCAGCAGCAGCAGCAGCAGCUCCUAAGAACGCUUUGAGUCGACGCGACAUCGACGCUGCUCUAGCGACUUUUGACCACAACAAAGCAGUCACGCAAGGCACCAGCACGCUGAGAUUUGUGCCACAACAGAGAGAGAGAAAGAGUGAGUGAGUGAGAGAGAGAUAUAGAUAGAGAGAGUGGGAGGGCAGGCGGUUAAGGGCUGACUUAAGAGAGCUUAACUACACGGACAAUGUCCAACGAAGAGAACGACUACUUGGACCGUCCGGGCCCUGGUUCUGUUGCUGGGUCUGGGGCUGGGGCUGGGCCUGGUGCUGGUCAUGGUGAUGGUGAUGGUGAUGACGACGGCGGCGGCGGCGGCGGCCUCGCAGCUGUUAAUGGCGAGCCCGUUCUCGGCGGCCAAACAAUGCCACAAAUUAGUUCGAACUCACAACUCGAGGGAAACGUUUCGCCGACAUUCACUCAGACGACAACCCAGUUUGAUGAUAACGAUAACCACAUAAAUAAUAAUCAUAACAGCAGCACGGCGCGUCUGGGCCAGAGCAACAGCCACAACCACGACAGCAACUGCAACAGCCCCACUAAGAGUCCCACAAACCGACGCGCCGGCAGCUCAGCAAGCUUUCAGAUACAGCAUCAUAAUGCCCAUUACGACGACGAGGAUGAUGACCUAGCAGCCGGCGACCUGCACGCCAAUAGCGCUGCAGCUGCUGCGGCUGCGGCUGUUGCCGGAGGAGCUGCAGUCCGUUCAGCCGGCGGUGGCUCCUCGCACGUACCCGACUAUUGGCAACAGCGCAACGGCGGAGCUGGGUCUGGUGCAGGUGGAGCACAGAGCGGGCAUCAGAGUCGUGCGCUUAGUCCCAGCUAUAUGGAAAACAUGAGCGAAAAUUCGGAGCAACCGCCUGUUGUGCCGCUUGUCCGUUCCAAGUCGCGGCCAGAAAUCUCCAGUGCCGCCGCCUCCCGUUACUCGAAUCUGUCAUACUGGAAGGCUCGUCGUGUUGUCUUCUAUCGCAAUGGCGACCCCUUCUUUCCGGGCGUCGAGCUACGCUAUCGGCCCGGCCGAGAUGUCACCUCGCUGGACAAUCUGCUCGACAAGAUCUCACCCAAAAUGGAUCUGCCGCGCGGUGCACGCUACGUCUUCUCCAUGGACGGCGACCGGAAAUACCAUCUGGACGAACUGGAGGACGGCGCCUUCUAUGUGGUCUCCUCAUUCAAGGCCUUCAAGCCCGCUAGCUACGGUAAAAAGAACGGCAUGUGGUACGCUUCGCCCGGAAAUCAGGGCUGGGGCUCCAAGCCCGCCAGUCGAAAGCCUUCAAUAAUGGAAGCGGAUUUGGGCACAUUAUCGACCACAUCGGGCUCGAUAAAGCGCAGCGCUGGUCGGGUGAUACGCAUCAUCAAUAAUUUGGAUCAUUCCGUUCAGUGUCGCGUCCUACUGAACCUACGCACCUCGCAGCCGUUUGAGGAAGUGCUCGAGGAUUUGGGUCAAGUGCUGAAAAUUAACGGCGCCAAGAAAAUGUACACAGGCACCGGGCAGGAGGUACGUAGCUUUUCGCAGCUGCGCAACGAGUUUGCCGACGUGGACACAUUCUAUUUGGCUACUGGGACGGCAUUGAUCGCCGGCUCGCCAAUUCGACGCUCGCGCUCACGCCCCUCGGUGGUAGCCGCUGCUCCCAUCCUGCCCACGGAGGAGCUGCCGAAGGUUCCAUUGCGUGGCACGCGGCCACGCAGCAAGAGCCGACCGCGCAUUCUAUAUGCGCCGGAGAGCGAGAUACUGAGGCCGAAUGGAGAGUACACCAUGCUGGACAUAAUGAAAGAGGAGCCCACAAAAGUUACCAUACGCGGCUUGCGGCGCACUUUCUAUCCCCCUGUGCACCAUGCGCCGGCAGAGAAUUCGCCUCCAGACAAGAAAUUACAGCUACAGUGGGUCCACGGCUAUCGAGGCAUCGAUGCGCGACGCAACUUGUGGGUGCUGCCGACUGGAGAGCUCCUCUACUACGUGGCAGCUGUGGCGGUGCUAUUCGAUCGCGACGAGGACGCGCAGCGACACUACACAGGUCACACCGAGGACAUAAUGUGCAUGGAUGUGCAUCCCUCUCGCGAAUUGGUGGCAUCGGGCCAGAAGGCCGGACGGGAUCGCAAAUCGCAAGCGCAUGUCCGCAUUUGGAGCACCGAGUCGCUGCAGACGCUCUACGUCUUUGGAAUGGGCGAGCUGGACACUGGAGUAACCGCGGUGGCUUUCUCGCAACUGAACGGCGGCAGCUAUAUUCUUGCCGUAGACAGCGGCCGCGAAAGCAUCCUGUCCGUUUGGCAGUGGCAAUGGUGCCACCUGUUGGGCAAAGUGGCCACUCUGCAGGAGGGUUUGUCCGGCGCCGCUUUCCAUCCUUUGGAUGAUAAUCUAAUCAUCACCCACGGACGUGGUCAUUUGGCCUUCUGGCAUCGUCGCAAAGAUGGUUUCUUUGAGCGCACAGACAUUGUCAAGCAGCCGUCGCGCUCACACGUUACCAGCGUUCAGUUCGAGCCGGAUGGCGAUGUGAUUACCGCCGACUCCGACGGCUUCAUCACCAUAUACUCCGUGGACUCUGAUGGCGCCUACUUUGUGCGCACCGAGUUCGAGGCCCACAACAAGGGCAUCGGCUGCCUGAUUAUGUUGGGCGAGGGCACUUUGCUGUCGGGUGGCGAAAAGGAUCGUAAAAUUGCUGCCUGGGACUCGCUGCAAAAUUACAAGAAAAUUGCGGACACAAAGCUUCCCGAAGCGGCCGGUGGCGUGCGGACAAUUUACCCACAGCGGCCAGGCCGCAACGAUGGCAACAUCUACGUGGGUACGACGCGAAACAACAUCUUGGAGGGCUCGCUGCAGCGACGCUUUACGCAAGUCGUCUUCGGCCACGGCAGACAGCUGUGGGGCCUCGCCGCACAUCCCGAGGAUGAGCUUUAUGCGACGGCUGGCCAUGACAAGCAUGUCGCGCUCUGGCGCAAGAACAAACUCAUUUGGACCAUACAAACGGGCUACGAGUGCGUGGCAUUGGCCUUCCAUCCGUUUGGCACGGCAUUAGCUGCUGGCAGCACCGAGGGCCACUUGCUGGUCAUCAACUGUGACAACGGGGCGGUGAUGCUGACGCUGCGUGUAUGUGGCUCACCUCUGAACUGUGUGUCUUUUAAUCAAGUCGGCGAUAUGAUUGCCAUGGGCUCGCAAAACGGAAGCAUUUACCUUUUCCGUGUUUCGCGCGACGGUUUCUCCUACAAGAAGGUCAACAAGAUACGCGGCUCGCAGCCUCUGACACACCUGGAUUGGAGCAUGGACGGCAACUUUGUUCAGACCGUGACCAUUGAUUUUGACUUACUCUUUUGGGACGCCAAGUCUCUGUCUCCGGAGCGCAGUCCCAUUGCAAUGAAAGACGUCAAGUGGCUGACCAACAACUGCACAGUGGGUUUCCUGGUUGCCGGCCAGUGGAGCAAUCGCUACUACAGCAGCGCCAACACCAUCAUAGCCACCUGCAGUCGGUCCGCGGCACACGAUAUGCUCGCAUCAGGUGACGCGGAGGGCUAUUUACGUUUGUUCAGAUAUCCCUGCAUCUCGCCCCGUGCCGAAUUCCACGAGUCCAAGGUCUACUCGGGCAUGCUGGCCUGUGUGCGUUUCUUAUGCGGAGAUCACACACUCAUCACUGUGGGUGGAACAGACGCUUCGCUCAUGGUGUGGGACAUUGUCGAGGAAUAGCUGAAAUGGCCACCGUGGCGCUCUGCUGCACAACACGAUGCGAGCUAUCAGGACUACUGGCAUCGGCGCAUCUCGCAGGUAUCUUCAACGGUGCUGGACAGUGACUCCGUCGAUUAUCAGUAGAGAUUCCCCCGCGGACAUUCGGGUUGUGCAGCCUCGCUUGCUUUUUUAACACAAUAUCAAUUGGCCAGCAUCCCAUUGGCUUAUUAUAUUAGAUAACCAAAGAAUUGAUCGAUGACUCCAGCUAUAACAAAACUAGAACAAAUUUACGUUUCACUGGUAAAUUCAAACCAAAUUUUUAAUCUACUAAAGAUAACACCCAUAGAUAACUAUGUGUGUGCGCAGUUCCGUUGCACCCAACUUGGCUUCCAUUCCCCAAUCUUCCGUUAAUGUUGUGUUCCGCAUUUGUCCUCCGUUUUUAUAUAUACUAUAAUUUUGUUGUUGAUGGUUAUUAAGUUGGUAACUAGAAACAGACUUAAAUGCCACUGGUGGAUACUGUAACUAUAUACUAUACAAUAUGAAUGCAUUCACGAAUCUAAAGCUCUUAUACAGACUUCCUACAUAUCAUCUUCCAAUUGCGCUCUCAUUGAAGUCCCAUAUUUUUCAAGAAUCGCGGUAAUAGACAGGAACUUUAUAACACCCACACGACACAUAAAUAUUGAAAACUAAGUGCACUUAAACAUAUAUUGAAUAUAAAGCAUUACUAUAAAUAAUUAUAUUCAAUAUAUAUUGUUAAUGCAAUUUUUAAUGUAAGCGUUGAAAAAAAUAAACCGUUUUAACAAACCAA